AUGGAUGCUCGUCAAUUAACCGCACUUGUUGUUGAUGAUGACAUCAUUGUCCGAAUGAUAUAUGGAAAGAUGUUGAACAGAGUUGGUGUGAAAAAUCAAGUCGUGGAGAAUGGGAAAGAAGCUAUAGACAUUCACUGCUCUGGUCAAAGCUUUGACCUUAUUUUCAUGGACAAGGACAUGCCUGUUAUGAAUGGCAUUGAGGCAACAAAGGAACUUCGAUCAAUGGGGGUUGAUAGCAUGAUCGUUGGUGUAACAGCACACUCUGUUGAUGAUGCCCGUGGCCAAGAAUUCAAGAAAGCAGGACUAGAUGACUGCUUGGAAAAGCCCUUGACCAUGGCCAAGCUUACUUCGAUCAUUCACAAGAUCAACAACAAGAAUUUCACUAAUGUUUGAGUUAAACUAGC